AUGAUGUCGUCUUCUACUCAUUCCAGCUCCGACUCCUCAUCACACUCCGGCUCCUCAUACCUCGACUCCUCACACUCCGACAGCCUCCUACAGCUCGAAAAUAUCAUCGAAGAGCACUCUAAAGACACUCUCUCAUACUCUGCAGACGCUCUACUACACCUUGUGGACGCCCCCUCUUCCCCGUUCUGCGAAAACACUCAGUUACACAUGCCUCCUCAAAAUCGCUCCGCAGGUCGUGACGUUCAUAUCUUUGAUAUACACAAUCGAAGCACUUCAAUUGGUGGCCUUAUUCUUACAGCUAGUAUCACAAAUGCCAACCUAUAUUCUAUGAUACAGAUUAUUGUCUUCUUUGACGGCGAAUAUAUUCUACGGAACGAAAGCGGUAUUAUAAUAGAGAGAGAUGAUUCUCUACUUUUGCGUGGAAACUAUUACAUUGAUUCUCCUCAUCCAUUUGUUGUCAAUAAUGAGGCAGUACUAGUCCGUACAGUUUCUUCAUCGCAUUCAGGACCUCGUGUGCAUGCCUUCCGGGACGCUGUACGUUUGCGAGAUGGUCGAUGUAUUAUAACAGGGGUGGUAGCGCUUGGUGCUCAAUAUGAUAACUGGCGCAGUUUUGAGGCUGCACAUAUCUUCCCGCUGGCUUACGAGGAGCACUGGAGAAAUAACGAUUACGCCCGUUGGAUCUCGCUUUCCCCAAAUGUAGGAGGUUCUAUCAACUCUGUACAGAAUGGGCUACUGCUUCGCAGUAAUAUGCACGACCUCUUCGACUCACAUGAAUUCUCGAUUAAUCCAGACGACAGUUACAAAAUUGUACACUUUAGCUUUGAUUAUGAUGGAAUUGCUGGAAAACAUCUCGAUCAGAGAUUUCUUGAUGAUCCUCAAAGACCACCAGAUGAGCUCUUCAGGUGGCAUUUUCGACAGGCGGUUCUCGCCAAUAUGAGGGGUGCUGGCGAGCCUAGAUUCGAGCAUGAUUUCCCGCCUAGGUCUGAUAUAGUCGGUAGUAUACUUGAGGGUCCAAAGGCUGCUGAGAGGAUGGAGUUUGAGCUGUUCAAUCGCUGGGCGACCGAGGUUGAUUUGACUCAAUAG